AAGGCCCAAACACAGCUUUGUUGGAGCUGAGCCGUCCAACCCAGCAGCUGCCAGACCCUACCUAGGACAGAGCGAGGGCUCCAGUGACGGCUCCACCAUCCCACCAGAGAAGACUGGCCACCAGCCAGAUACCCCUGCAACUCCAGCUCCUCCUCCGCGGUGCCAUGGCCUUCUCAGACCUCCUAGAGCGCGUGGGCAGCAUGGGCCCCUUCCAGUACCGGCACAUACUCCUGCUCGCCCUCCCGAUCCUUGGCAUGGCCAACCACAACCUGCUGCAGAUCUUCACAGCCACCACCCCUGCCCACCACUGCCGCCCACCCCCCAACGCCUCUGAGGGGCCCUGGAUGCCCUUCCUGGGCCCCAAUGGGAAGCCUGAGAAGUGCCUCCGCUUGGCGUACACGCCCAACACCAGCAUGCCCAACGCCACCCAGGUGACCACCGAGCCCUGCUUGGACGGCUGGGUCUACAAUGCCACCAGGGACACCAUUGUGACAGAGUGGGACCUGGUGUGCAGCUCUGCCAAGAUGAAGGAGAUGGCGCAGUCGGUCUACAUGGCAGGCAUCCUGAUCGGAGGCCUGGUGCUGGGGAAGCUGUCUGACAGGUUUGGCCGCAAGCCCAUCCUGACCUUCAGCUACCUCCUGCUGGCCACCAGCGGCUCAGGCACAGCCUUCAGCCCCAGCCUCCCCACCUACAUGGUCUUCCGCUUCCUGUGUGGCUUCAGCAUCUCAGGAAUUACCCUGAGCACCGUCAUCCUGAAUGUGGAGUGGGUGCCCACCUGGAUGCGGGCCAUCUCGUCCACAAUGAUCGGCUACUUCUACACCGUCGGCCAGUUCCUCCUGUCCGGCCUGGCCUAUGCCAUCCCCCAGUGGCGCUGGCUGCAGCUGACCGUGUCUGUGCCCUUCUUCGUCUUCUGCCUGCUGUCCUGGUGGGUCCCUGAGUCCAUCCGCUGGUUGGUGCUGUCUGGAAAGUUCUCAAAGGCCCUGCAGACACUGCAGGGCGUGGCCACCUUCAAUGGCAAGAAGGAAGAAGGGGAGAAGCUCAGCGUAGAGGAGCUGAAGCUCAACCUGCAGAAGGAUAUCGCCUUGGCCAAGACCAAGUAUGGUGCCAUGCACCUGUUCCGGAUCCCCAUCCUGCGCCGCAUGACUCUCUGUCUCUCGUUGGCCUGGUUUUCCACUGGCUUUGCCUACUACAGUUUGGCCAUGGGCGUGGAAGAGUUUGGGGUGGACAUCUACAUCCUCCAGAUCAUCUUCGGAGGGGUGGACAUUCCCUCCAAGUUCAUCACCAUCCUCUCCGUGAGCUACCUGGGCCGGCACAUCACCCAGGCCUCCACCCUGCUCCUGGGAGGAGGCACCAUCCUGGCUCUCAUCCUGAUGCCCGAGGACAUGCACAUCCUGAGGACAGCACUGGCUGUGUUUGGGAAGGGAUGCCUGUCAAGCUCCUUCAGCUGCCUCUUCCUCUAUACCAGCGAGCUCUACCCAACAGUCAUCCGGCAGACAGGCAUGGGCCUCAGCAACAUGUGGGCCCGCGUGGGGAGCAUGAUGGCCCCGCUAGUGAAGAUCACAGGCGAGGUGCACCCUGCCAUCCCCAACAUCGUGUACGGGACCAUGGCCCUGCUGGGGGGCAGCACCGCCUUCUUCCUUCCAGAGACCCUCAACCGCCCUUUGCCAGAGAACUUAGAAGACCUACAGCAGUGGUCCAAGCCAGCAAAGGAGACAAGGCUGGAGCUGGAAGCAGAGAAAGAGGCCCAGAAGAUACCUCUGAAGUCAGGCACACAGGGCGUAGGCCCCAGCUGAGGGAGAGGCCUGCCCUGCCCCGACACCGAUCCCACAGGGACCUGCCUGCCUGGGACCCUGCAGUGGGGCCUGGGUGGGUCUGUGCCCACACACACAGCCUUCUGAGGGUGCCGUGAGACCACCCACCUCCUCCCCCAGGGCCUCAGCCACUGCAGGCCCAGCCUCCCACCUGCCCCAGGCCCUGCUCUCCCUCUGGCCAAGCCUCUUCCCGAGGUCCCUGGCUCAGCCCUCAGACAGCGCCCUCUUCUUGCCCUCAACUCCUCUUUGGGAUGGGAAAUUUCAAUAAAUAGCAACAAGAGCUCAAGCAAGAA